AUGGCCGAAGACGAGAAGCCCCGCAAGUCGCGCUUCAAGCGAGUAAAGACGUCAGACGACCGCGAGAACCCAUAUCUGGCGCACAUAUACAACGAAAGCGAUUCCUCGAGCGGCGUUACACUCAAUGGUGGCGCGAAUGGCCACAGUUCGACUGGCGGCGACGGUGACGGCGGGAGUGAUUUGACGAAAUGGAGGCGGCACAAGACGACGGCGACGAUGGCACGGGCUGCUGAAGAUGGACCCAACAACCCGUUCACGGGAUAUCCGCUCAGUCAGCGCUACUUUGGCAUCCUCAAAACCCGGCGAGAUCUGCCUGUGAAUGCGCAGCGGCAAGAGUUCUUGGACAUGUUCCAUAAGGCACAGAUUCUGGUGUUCGUUGGAGAGACGGGUUCUGGAAAGACUACGCAGAUUCCCCAGUACGUGCUGUACGAUGACCUUCCACAAUUGCAAGGCAAGAUGGUCGCUUGCACACAGCCACGUCGUGUUGCUGCCAUGUCUGUUGCAGAGCGUGUGGCGCAAGAACUGGAUGUGAGGCUGGGCGAGGAAGUGGGUUACAGCAUUCGAUUCGAAGACAAAACGAGUCCGAAAACCAUCCUCAAGUACAUGACCGAUGGAAUGCUGCUCAGAGAGGCCAUGAACGACCACGAUCUGAAGCGAUACAGUUGCAUCAUUCUCGAUGAGGCUCACGAGAGGACACUGGCUACAGAUAUCUUGAUGGGGCUCUUGAAGGAAGUCGUUCUCAGGAGGCCUGACCUAAAAAUCAUCAUCAUGUCGGCCACACUUGAUGCGCAAAAGUUCCAAAAGUACUUUGCUGUGCCUGCUGACCCCCAAGAUCCUAAAAAGGUGACAGAUGCACCGCUGCUGGCUGUGCCUGGACGAACACAUCCUGUAGAGAUCUUCUACACGCCGGAGCCGGAGCGAGAUUAUGUUGAAGCGGCAUUACGAACAGUACUGCAAAUCCACGCAACAGAACCUGAAGGAGACGUACUAUUGUUCCUGACAGGAGAAGAAGAGAUUGAAGACGUAUGUCGUAAGAUCAGCAUGGAGGCCGAUGAGAUGAUACGGGAGGCCGGUGCUGGACCAUUGAAGGUCUAUCCACUUUAUGGCUCCCUCCCGCCGGCCCACCAGCAAAGAAUCUUUGAGCCCGCGCCGCCUCCAUAUCAACCAGGCGGAAAGCCAGGUCGCAAAGUUAUUGUAUCUACUAACAUUGCUGAGACAUCUCUUACUAUCGACGGUAUCGUCUACGUAGUCGAUCCUGGAUUCAGCAAGCAGAAGGUCUACAACCCGCGGAUUAGAAUUGAGUCGCUUCUAGUCUCUCCGAUCAGUAAAGCAUCGGCACAGCAACGAGCCGGUCGUGCUGGACGUACGAGGCCUGGCAAGUGCUUUCGACUGUAUACCGAGCAAGCGUUCAGAAAGGAACUUAUUGAGCAGUCGUACCCAGAGAUCCUGCGCUCAAAUUUGGCCAGUACCGUUCUUGAGCUGAAGAAGCUUGGCAUCGACGAUUUGGUGCACUUUGAUCUUAUGGACCCACCCGCACCAGAAACAUUGAUGCGUGCGUUGGAAGAGCUGAAUUAUCUCGCCUGUUUGGACGACGAAGGUGAACUCACGGCACUUGGGAAGCUUGCCUCGGAUUUCCCCCUGGAUCCAUCUCUUGCAGUCAUGCUCAUCAGCUCGCCUGAAUUCUACUGCUCGAACGAGAUCUUGUCAAUGACUGCCUUGUUGAGCGUCCCACAAGUGUUCACCCGCCCUGCAGCGAAGCGAAAGCAGGCAGAUGAGAUGAAGCAGAUGUUCUCUCACGAAGAAGGAGAUCACUUGACAAUGCUCAAUGUGUACCACGCCUUCAAGGGUCCGGAUGCGCAAGAGAACCCUAAGCAGUGGUGCCACGAUCACUACCUGUCCUACCGCGCUCUCCAGCAGUGUGACAACGUGCGCAUGCAGCUGAAGCGUAUCAUGGAGCGCGAAGAAAUUGAGCUUGUCAGCACACCUUUCGACAACAAGGACUACUACACCAACAUCCGCAAAGCACUGUGCACAGGUUUCUUCAUGCAGGUCGCCAAGAAAGAUACGUCUGGCAAGACGUACGUCACUGUCAAGGACAGUCAAUCCGUCUUGCUGCAUCCAUCGACGGUGCUUGGACAAGACAGCGAGUGGGUCUUGUACAACGAAUUCGUGCUCACUAGCAAGAACUACAUUCGAACAGUGACUGCCGUGAAGCCGGAGUGGCUGCUGGACAUUGCGCCCAACUACUACGAUAUCGAUUCAUUUCCGAAAGGCGAGGUGCAAUCGAGUCUAAGGAGAGUGGCACAGAAGAUGUCGAGGCGGAACGAGAUGAAUCGUCGUUGAACCUGUGUCGCAACCCAAAGCGUUUGACUAGCAGACUACCAGAAAGAGUCGGACACGCAUAGUCGCCAUCAAGGCAUAAAAGUAUAGAAAGCCCAGCCGAAUGCAUACGGUCGCUGUCCCCGCGACGUCGUCGUGCUCACGAGUCUCGCCUAUCUGAUUUCUCUCCACUGCGACCAGCUGCAUUUUUGUACAAAAGAAGGCCGCCAAAGCGAAUAAAUUCGAUCGCAUGGAAAUCGCAUUGCAUCUGCUGCCGCGCGCAGCAAAGAUCCUGUAGAAAAUCCGAAAAAUGAUAACCUUUGCUAUCGUUCGUGCUGACACUGCC